UCCUCAUUAAUCAAUUUAGAGUAGCUAUGGGCCUAAAUUAUACUUAGUUUUCCUUCAAGUUUAGGAGGUCUGGAAUUAUAAGUAGCUCGAAAUUCGAAAAGAGGUACAGAGGAGGAAACAGCUGUGUAUUAGUAAUGCACACAGCUAGAUACUACUAUUAGCCAGGGUCCCCGCCGAUACAUGAAUCAUCACAUUUUUCUACUAUAAAAAUAAAAAAACAUGGAGCUCAAUUUCAUUAACUAGAGUUAAGCUAAGUGUUAAAGAGGAGCUGCGGUUAUAAUAUUCAUGGCGAUGGCGCUUCGUGUAUUGCUUCUUUUGGUUUUGUUUUUCGCUACUGUUAAGGCACAGGGUUCUAUUAUUGAUCUCAAGGAGGUUGAAGAAGAUAAACAACAUGUUGGUCUCAGCCAGGCACUUCGUCUUUUCACCAGAGGAGCCAAUAGGAGGCUAGUUCAAGACAUAGUUUUAAAGGUUGCAAAAUACUUGAACAAUGGGGAUAUUGCUCUAGCUCCUGCACCAGCUCCACCUCCAAGUCCAUUGGACUGUGGAGGUUUGUGCAAAUACAGAUGCAGUUUACACUCAAGGCCCAAGUUGUGUUUUAGGGCAUGUGGAACAUGUUGUGUUAGAUGCAAAUGUGUGCCACCAGGGACCUUUGGGAACAGAGAGAUGUGUGGCAAAUGUUACACUGAAAUGACUACCCAUGGCAACAAGACCAAGUGCCCUUGAUUAUUACUACUAGUCAGUAUUUUUUAUGAUAUUUUACAAGUGUAGUGUGUGGACCUUAGCUUUAUUUAAUUUCAUCAUCAUAUCUUAUGAGAUAGUACUAGCAAAUCAUGUCUGGCUACAUUGCAGUAUCUUGCUGCUAAGGCCUAAGCCAUGUGCAAGUUGCUGUUGUUUGAAAAGUAUUUUAUGAUGUUAUAUGUAUUAUGUUUUACCCGGCUUCAAGUUAAAAUAUUUUUGUCUUUAUGUUAUCACCUA